ACGGGACGCUGUGAAGAGUUGGGUCGAUUCGAAGAGGGAGCACAGAGACAGGAGCAGGGGGUGUGUUUGUGGGGCCAAAACGAGCACCACGCCGUGUAUGAAAGAGGAAAGCUGGCGGAAUACAACAUGGCAUCCGGGGAUACGCUGUACAUAGAGACGGACGGCUCGGACAUGCCGGCCGAGAUAGUAGAGCUACACGAGAUCGAGGUUGAAACGAUACCAGUGGAAACUAUCGAGACCACGGUGGUCGGGGAAGAAGACGACGACGAGGAGGAGGAAGAGGACGACGACGAAGAUGAGGACGAAGACGACGAGGACGAAGAAGAGGAAGACGACCAGCCUAUGAUCGCGCUACAACCACUGGUUACCGACGACCCCAACUCGAUCCACCACCACCACCAUCACCACCACCACCACCAAGAGGUGAUCCUGGUGCAGACCCGGGAGGAGGUGGUCGGCGGCGAUGACUCCGACCUGCACGCCGACGGGGGUUUCGAGGAUCAGAUCCUCAUCCCCGUGCCGGCCCCCGGUGUGGAGGACGAGUACAUUGAACAGACUUUGGUGACCGUGGCCGGGAAGAGCUCGGUGGGUCGGAUGAAGCGAGGCGGCGGCGGCAAGAAAUCGGGCAAAAAGAGCUAUCUUAGUGGCGCGGAGGCCAGCGGUAGAAAAUGGGAACAGAAACAGGUGCAGAUAAAGACACUGGAAGGGGAGUUUUCCGUCACGAUGUGGGCAUCGGAUCACCAUAAAGACAUUGACCAUGAGUCAGUGGUGGAGGAACAGAUCAUCGGGGAUAACUCCCCGCCGGACUACUCUGAAUACAUGACGGGGAAGAAGCUACCCCCUGGCGGCAUCCCUGGUAUCGACCUCUCGGACCCUAAGCAGCUGGCUGAGUUUGCACGGAUGAAGCCCAGGAAAAUCAAAGAAGAUGACGCUCCCAGGACGAUAGCUUGCCCUCAUAAAGGAUGCACAAAGAUGUUCAGGGACAACUCGGCCAUGAGGAAGCACCUCCACACCCACGGGCCCCGGGUGCACGUGUGUGCGGAGUGCGGCAAGGCCUUCGUGGAGAGCUCCAAGCUAAAACGGCACCAACUGGUACACACCGGGGAGAAGCCUUUCCAGUGCACGUUCGAGGGCUGCGGGAAGAGGUUCUCACUGGACUUCAACCUCCGCACCCACGUCCGCAUCCACACAGGCGACCGGCCCUACGUCUGUCCGUUCGACGGCUGCAACAAGAAGUUCGCCCAGUCCACCAACUUGAAGUCGCACAUCCUCACACACGCCAAAGCCAAAAACAACCAAUGAGACGCUGCGCACUGCCCCGCCCUCCCCCACACACACACCCCGACGGCCCAUUACAACGCAAAACCCUGGCAACGGGUUACCAUGGAAACCUUCGGUUGGAAGGCACGCCACGGAAACGGGAUCUCAAGACUUUACGGUUCGAACGGUGAAGCGAGAUGACAAGACUUUGUUAUAAAUAAGGGGGGGGGGGGGGGGGGGGGGAUUUGGCCAUGUUUUUACCCCCUGCACACACACACACGCACACUUCUGCUGUUGCUUUGGCCAGAUUUCCCCCCCCCCCCCCCCCCCCUCCUGCUCUCACACACACACACACACACACACUCUUCUCCAUGGACUACUAUAAGAGACUAUUUUUACCCACUCCUCUACCGGAGGACCUACACCCUGUCAUGCUUUAUUUCCUUUUUAGAUUAUUCUUUCUUUAAAUUAUAGGGUUUCUUUUCGAUUUUUCUUCAGUGUGCAUAUUGUACACUCGAGACGAUGGGCGUUGUUUACUAAAAAGUAUGAUUUUUGUAAUGUUGUUUUCGUUCUCUCCCCGCUUUGAGUUGUUUAUACGAUUUGACUACAUCAACCGGCCUCCCGCGUGACACAGAGCCCCCGUGAAAGGAGAAAGGGUACGCUUGUUCGUUUGUUUAGAAGGUAGGCACCUCCUUAUUGAUUGUAGUUUUCUCUAACCAACAGAAUAACCUUGUAUACCUGUAUCGUAUGGCUGUAUUACAAUUAUGUAGACAUAGAGGCGUGAUUUCAAGUGUUACCCGAUGAAACCUUUGGUCAGUUGCUUUAUAUUUUGUAUGAAAUGUUGCGACGGCGCGAAAGGAGAACCUUCCCCCGUAUUAAAUUAUCCGGCGAUUUAUGUCUCCUAGACUACAAGACCAUCACCUUCUUUCUGUUUAGUAUGUAAUGUACAGCUGUACAAAUGUUUCACAUCCCUUUCAUUCAUAUUACACCAUAUAUCUCAACAGCCCCAUCAAUAAAGGGCAAUUUCCACCCUGUUCGCAAAAA